CCAGGGAUUCUACAUGAUUCCCGUUUGAAGCUGGAAUUCGUGGUGUUUUCUCCCACAAGAAUGUACUACACAUAUAAGCUUGGACCCCAACUUCUGGCUAGUACGAUGAUGGUGAGACAUGUUCUCAAAUGGAACGGCGAGGUAUCAAUCUACACUUGUACUGAUAAUAAUAGCUGGAGCCCGGUUUGGUAUCAACCCCAAUCAAGCUGUGGCGUGUAUGGUGUAUGCGGGCCGUACGGAGUAUGUUUCACCCAAGAAAACAUUGAGUCAUGCAGAUGUAUGGAAGGCUUCCACCCAAGAAACGCUGCUGCCUGGAGUUCUCAGGAAUGGUGGUCUAGCGGUUGUGUUCGGCGUACUCCAAGAAAACUGCGCUGCCAUCAAUGGCAGUGGCACCACGGAUGGUUUCCUCCAAGUUACUGAUAAGUCUCUAUCUGAUAAAGAGCCUCUCCAAAUUAUGUCAGACUCGACUCUACUAGGAUGCAAGACUGCUUGUCUCAAUAAUUGCUCCUGCACGGCUUUUGCUUUUACUGAUUCAAAUUCUCAUAUAACUUGUAAAUUGUGGUUUGGCGAUCUUUUAAGCAUGCGGACUAAGGCCCCUUCUGACGGCCAGCUCUUGUUCAUUCGAUUGGCUGCUUCUGAUGUGUUACAGUUGUCAGCCCACGCGGGAAGAAGCAGCAGCAGAGCAGUUGCACUCUCCAUUUCAAUUCCUCUGGGCGCAGCUGUUUUGAUUAGUCUGUUCAUUGGUGCAUGCUUUAUUCACCGCAGGCGCCGAAGAAUGCUUGAGAAAUUUGUGAAGGACUACGCAUCAACAUCGCUUAGAACAUUCACCUACAAAGAGCUCAAAGUUGCGACCAAAUAUUUCGUCCAUAAGUUGGGAAAGGGGGCAUUUGGCUGUGUCUUCAAAGCAACUCUGCCGGACAAAACCCUUGUAGCCGUGAAAAAAUUAGAGGGUUCCGCACAAGCAGAAAAGCAAUUCCGUGCGGAAAUAAGCACCAUUGGAAACAUACAUCAUGUGAAUUUGGUGAAGCUCCGUGGAUUCUGCGUGGAAGGGUCUACAAGAAUGCUUGUUUAUGAGUACAUGGAAAACGGGUCUCUCAACUCUUUCUUGUCCAGCAAAUCCAAAGAAGAAGACAAGGUGCUGGAUUGGAAUACCAGAUAUGGAAUCGCUUUGGGCACUGCAAGGGGAUUACUUUAUCUCCAUGAAGAAUGCAGAGAUCGCAUCAUCCAUUGCGAUAUCAAACCAGAAAAUAUUCUUCUAGACGCAGAUUUCUCUCCAAAGGUGGCUGAUUUCGGACUGGCAAAGCUUGUUGGCAGAGAUUUCAGCAGAGUGCUGACAACAACAAGAGGAACGAUAGGAUAUUUGGCUCCCGAGUGGCUGACCGGUGUGCCAAUAACAGUGAAGGUGGAUGUAUACAGCUUCGGCAUGACCCUCCUCGAAAUAAUCUCAGGCCGACGAAAUAGUGAUUUGAGCGUGCAAGAAUCUCAGCGCUACUUUCCGACAUGGGCAGCAACUCAAAUUCUCAAGGGGAACACCAUCGGCAUUGUGGAUGAAAGAAUUACAGACGGGGUGGAUGUUGAAGAGGUGAUAAGAGCAGUUGUGGUAAGCAUUCUGUGUAUUCAAGAGGAUGAGAAUGGGAGACCAACCAUGGCUCAAGUUGUCCAGAUAUUGGAAGGCAAAUCAGAAGGUAACAUGGAAAAAUAUGAGAGGUGCUUGCAAGCGCUCAUCGAUGAUCAUUGUGUUUACUAGAAAUUUUAGUAAGUUAUCUAAUUAUUAAUGUUUUCAAGGAACUUGCUAUUAUAAAACAUGUAUAAUAAGUAGUUACUAAAGAUAAUAGUUAUAAUUAAUUUUUGAAAGUUA